GAAUAAGAAACAGCGAAGUAGCUGUAUCCUUCAUCAUUAGUUUUUCUUGCACUUCCAUAGCCCAUCUCAUCACUUUAUUCUGCUUUUAGAAAUCGCAUAGAAAGUUUUUCUCUGUCGUAAAUUUUUCCUUAGACCAGAAAAGCCAUUUAACAGAUAAAAUACUAAGCAUUUCUUGUGUUUUUCCAGGUGAUUUCUCUAUGUUAAAUGAAUAUUGUUUUGCCCUUUGCUUAUGUGAGGAUCCUAAAAUCUUGUUUUCUCAGUUGCCUUUUUCCCUACGAUACGUGGGCUGAUGCUGAAACUGAACUGCUUUUGAGUUGAGAUUUUGGAGCUACUAGUCAUAGUUGCAAUUCUUAACGGGGUUUUCAAGGGACCAGACAACUCACUCAUGGAGAUGUAAGGGUGAAGACAAUGAUUAUCACAAAGCAAUACCGCUGCAUACAUUCAGCAAGUUGUCUUUGCACAAAAGGGCAUCUUACCGAGGAAGUGAUAUUCCUGGUUUUUAAUCAAUUAAGUUGGAACCCUAAGUUGGUUGCAACACUUUCUUGUGUAUGCAAAUGGUUUGACGAUCUUGCAAAACGAGUCCUCUGGAAGGAGUUUUGUAAGACUCGAGCUCCUAAAAUGAUGCUCGAUUUGCAAUCCAGUGGAAGUCACAGUAUUGAUGGUAACUGGAGAGCGCUCGGCAAACUACUCAUAUACUGUUCGGGAUGUGACAAGGGUGGGUUCUACAAUAAUAUUCACAUUCCUGGCCACUUUGUCUACAAAACAAGGUUCUCGAAAACAUCAGGGAAGAGCUUUUUAUUACCAGAGUGUAAAACGGACAUUUUAUACGUGUCUGAUCCCUGUGAACAUCUUGACCAAGGGGACGAAGGGGAUGUUGGAUUUUUCCGAGGAAUAUUUAAAUCCUUUGCGGCAUCAAAGGUCAGGAAAUUGCUGAUUAACAGGAGCGCACCACUGCAUCCUACAGGGGUAUGUCCAUAUUGUAAGGCGAAGUGGUGGAACAUGCUGCAAGCUAAAAUGAUACCAGCAAGUGCAAGAAGUAGGUUGGGUGCUUAUGGGGAUUCCAUUGAGUAUUGUGUGUGCCUUAAUGGGCAUGUGCUCGGGAUUUGUACCCUUUUGCCCUUGUCUGAUACAGAUGACGCAUCAGAGGAGUGACAUCAGUGAUGAUAACGUGCAUCUUUAAUCAGGUACUAUGACAUGAAAUGUGUGUAUUGUUGAAGUGGGUGCGGAGCUGAUCAAUAGGCAGUUUGGGAAAGCUAAUCUUUUCUAAGCUGCUCUCCUCAAAUUUGUCACUUUGGAAUCUCUCUUCCUAAUCCUGUUGAUAACUAUUCUUCGUUAGCUAUUGGUGUCACAAAGUAGUUCUUGUAAACCAUGUAUACUCUGUGUGUGUGUGGCAUUCAGAACUUACUGUUUCAGUGAGACGCUUUAACACUAUAAUUAUUUAUCUGUUAUCAUUUUGUUCACUUUGAUGUUAAUUUGACUUGCAAAGAAAUAUUUUCAA